GUAUAUAUAAAAUUAUUGAAAAUUUGUUUAAUUGUUAUUUAAUUAAUUUAUCUGUAUAAUAAAUUAAUGUUAUAUUAAAAUUUACUUAAAAUGCUUUUGUUGUGACCCAUACUGUUAUUAUCCAUUUUAUUAUCAUUGUUACGUGAAAUAUGGGCAAAAAUAAAAUGAUUGCAAAAAGCUGCCCAAAAUGCGAAAUGCAGGUGGCAGUCGCAUCAAAGACUUGUAAAUGUGGGCACACAUUCUUCGCAGCUCGACGCACAACAGAGAGUCUACCUGCCUCUGAGGAUAUUCGCAGAAGAACGGGCAGAGUAAGACGGUCCCAGCCACAAUUCUAUGAUGCACAACAUUAUCAGAAACAAAUAAAAAAACGAUCUCCAAAAAAACGUACCCUGGAUGAUGACUUCAAGGCGAAAACGAAAGGAGAGAGUGCCACCGCGCGAGCUCGUAGAAGGCGAGCACUGAGACGCGCGCAGCGGUCACCUCAAACGGGCGGAGAUCGAACCCGCGACCCCACGCCGCAACUGCGACCGGCGCAGCUAGCCCGCUGUCAGCUUAUACUGCAAGAAAUUAACAGGAAAAUGCAGGCCGUCACCUGGCAGCCGCCUACAGAAGGCUGAAUGGUAGAGGCUGUUAGUAAUGUAGAUAAUCCUAUUGCUAGCAAUGUACCAUGUCAGAUUUUUUUAUGGAUAAUAAUGUAAUAGAUAGAUAGAUAGA